AGCUGCAUAUUGACAAUGACAUUAUCUUUGUUUUGUUUGCUAUUGUAAUGGAAUGAACUUUCGUGUAAUAAAAUAAAUACGUAAAUCUUCAAUCUAAAUUUUGAUCAUCACCAACAAAACCUUAACGCCUCGGCAAUAAUCUGCAACAGAAAAUGGGCAAAAUAUUUCUAGACCAUAUUGGUGGUACUCGGUUGUUUUCUUGUGCAGCGUGUGAUGUAAAUCUCACAAAUCGAUCAGAAUUGAUAAGUACAAGAUUCACUGGAGCAACAGGUCGCGCAUUUUUGUUUCACAAAGUGGUGAAUCUGAUUUAUUCGGAGGUGCAGGAUCGCGUGAUGCUGACAGGUCGACAUAUGGUUCGCGAUGUCUCUUGCAAAAAUUGUGCUACCAAGCUUGGAUGGGUGUAUGAAUUUGCUACUGAAGAGAAUCAGAGAUACAAAGAGGGCCGUGUUAUUCUUGAGAGAGCUCUGGUCACUGAAACUGAUGGCAUUGAAGAAAUCCAAGUGAAUAAUGAUGAUUAAUUACAAGAGUUACAAAUCUACCAGACUAUGUAAUUAUCAGUGUCUGACAAAGGAAACAAUUACUUACUGUACUUGUGACUCGGCCAUCUGUGAGCAAGUGGAAAAAGUUAAGUUGAUGCAAUGAAUGUAAACUACUUUAAAUUUUAAUUUAAUUAGUGUGGGGACAGACAACCUAUAGUAUUUUUUGCGAUUAUGACAUAGAGCAUACAAUUUUUUGUUUCUUGUAUUCAGUGAAUCUUGAAUAUCUUGUAUCUACUUAAUAAAAAAUAAUUAUUAUUAUACAAGAUAUACAGACUCAAUAAAAGUAGAACAUUUUUUACUUUCCCCUCUUUCAAUAAAGCCAGAGAUUAAUGUAUUUGUUGUAAGUUUUGUUAUUUAUAUAAAAAAAUUACUCCAAAAAGUGCUGUUGCUUUUAUAGACACUAUUUUUAAUAUCAAACUGAAUUCAUAAAAAUAUAACCAUGCCAAGAAAUAUAGAUCUGUAUUGCCAUUCUCCACUUGGGUUACCUGGUACUGAUUUCAAAUGUUUUUUAGGCUAACAAUUAUUUCUUAAUUUGAAAGUGUUUUUUAAGUGUAAACUUCUUUAGCUCCAUUGUGAUUUGAGAUUCGAUAAAACAGAAGUAGAGUAUUUGACCCAAGAUAGGUAUCCAUAAUUUUAUCAUUUAGUUCUUGCGGUUGACACCAACUGAUCUCUGGUUCAAACAUGAGCUUGGUGAUUAUUUAAUUGUUUUUUUUUCUUUUAUUGAGCUAUUAUUUAUUUUUUGAAACAAUUUAAGUAUAUAAUAUCUAAAUUUGCCCAGUAUUUUACAAUACCUGGAAGUUAAUUAUUAAACAUUUGAUAGGUGCCGAAGUUGUUUAUAAAUUCAGGCUUGGUUUUAUCAACAAUUACCUUUCCAAUGAUUGCAAUUUUUUAACAGUAAUUUUUCAUAAAUAAAUAUUUUGAAAAAACCUUAGUUAAGAAAAACAUAACUAAAGAAAUAAAAUAGAAAUAUCUGGUAACAAAUCAAACUUACGUGUACACAUUUUUGUAGACUUUUAAUUGUAACGCAAAUAAAACUAUGAUCUUUUCACAUCAUUGACAUGGGUAAAUCUUGAGGAGCAUGUGGAUAUAUAACACUUUAAGAUUAAAUAAUGAGAAAAGAGUAUUGCCUACAAAAUUGAGGUCAUUUCGGUUGAAACGUCCACGACAUCACCAUUUUUCGCGGAGCGCUUACUUCAAAGUCAUGUAAAAAAAUCUAAAGUUCAGAGAGCACUGUAUUUUUAUUCACAACGCAAUCUACAUAUUUGCCUAAACUAAAGAGACCAUGAGCAGCAAUAAGGAUGCUUUCUAAAGCGUGCUAAUGAGCAAAAAACAGAACCGCCCACAGAGGACGCUCGAGCGUCCUCGGACGUUUGACUGUUAAAUCUUUCAUGACAUUCAAGUGUCAUCGAACGUUUGGGAUGGUACAAAUAUUAAGAUAAGACAUCACAACAACCGUUGUUUUGUAUACGUGUACGUACGUUUGUAGAGUUUUUUCAUAAUUUUUAUAUCUAUCACUAUAACAAGGCAGUGUUUUUGUAAUCAAUUACCCGGGUUACCGAUCUCGCGAGAUUGCGGGGUACCGCCAUAUUAUUUUAGCGUAGUUUUUUCAACGCCCCAUGCCAUGGUUUAAGAACCUAUUAAAGAGGAUUCAUAUAAUGGGGAUAGAUAUAUGCAACUGUUCAUAAUUAGGUAUUAAAACACUCAUGUGAUACUAUUAUCAGAACCACAUUCGUGUUUUUAAUACUCCUCAUUAUACAACAGUUGCAUAAAUAAUAAUUUUCAUCAACUGUACUUUGACUAUUUUGAGAAUUUGUUAAUAUAAACAUAAUUUUUUUUGCGAAUCGGCUAUUUUACGUUUCUGAUAAUAUGCGAUUAACGAUCCCAUAACACAAGCCUCAGUGUUUAAUUUGAACACUAUGGUGUUUGUAUUUUUAUUUAUCAAUAGAUUAAUACCCGGGUACGAAUAAUGUGCCUAGUUUGUACCGGCGGCGUUACUAUUCCAUAUUUUAACGCAAAGAUACUUCUUUAGUUUACCUAGUUAGAUAUAUGAGACGAACUUCUUAGCAAUCCAUGGAUAUACCGUGCGGGUGCCUGGUUCAUCGUGUGUAGGGCUGCCAUCCGUCCGGGUUUCCCCGGAUUUGUCCUAGUUUACGGGGCGUCCGGGGAGCGUCCGGGCGGGGUUUCAUUUGUAGUCCGGGUUACAAAUUUCCUGUUUUGAGUCGCCAAUUAAUCCGUCAAUUUAAAUGGCUUUGAAAAUAAAUAAAUCUAUUCUAACACUGUAACCAUAAAUGCUGACUUCCAACAAAGAUCAGCUUUGUUGCCCAUACUGUCCGCAAUAACAGCAUUCGUUGCUAUGUGGAUGAGAGCACUGAAACUUUUUACACUGGCCGGUCAAACAUCCCUCGGAUGGAAGAAGAAGGGUGUAAAGACAGACUUGUGUCCGAGAUUGAGAUGUUACUGGAUCAAGUCUCAAAUUGGAGCCAACUAAAUUUGAUUGGAUUAACCCAGCAUAGACACAAGUAUGUGUGAAAAAGCUUGUGUGUUCAAUAGAUCUAGUAAGUACCUCAAACCUAAAUAUCGGGUGUUACUUUACAAAGCACUGGUCCUCUGGGCUGGAGCACCCCAAUACCAGUUCCUUCCUCUUGACCGGAUACAAAAGCGGGCAGUUUGACAUAUCGAUGCUCCUGAGCUCACUCACGCGUUGAAACCCUUAGCAUGCGCAGACGGUACAACACGUAAAAGGACGCAACUCCUUCUACGUGUCGUACCGUCUAUACAAUCAAUGGAGAGUAUUCCGAGGAAUUAUUCAACCGGAUGCCUGUGGCCAAGUUUCUUCACAGCACCACACACCGCAGAGAAGUUUCCCGCCCAUCAUCUGGACGCCUGGCGUUCGAGCACCAUGUGUUCCUUUCUUUUGUGUACCAGCAAGUUCUAGAACGAACUUUCCUCAGUAUUUUUUUCUUAUAGCUAUAAUAAAUGGUAAUCUUAAAAAGGCGGAUGAACCUUUUAUUUCAGUGCCGGCAACGCAUGUGGCCCUUAGUGCUGCAAGUGUCCAUGGGCAGCAGUGACCACUUAUUAUGAGGUAGACCGCUAGCUCUUUUGCCUACAUCAACAUAAAAAAAGUUGAUUUGUGACAUUUUUAACUGUUUUUUUAUUGGUCUGUCCGGGUUCUGGGCUCCAAAAUCCGGGGUUAUCACGCCUCUGAUCCUGGUUGCCACAUUUUAGAGAUGGCAGCCCUAAUCGUGUGGGAUAAAGAGAAACUCUGAGCAGUUCUGGGACUUGUGAUCGGUGAAGGUUUAAGGAUUACUAAUAUAAUAAAGCUGACAAGUUCGUUUGUUUUUUGCUUUUUAUUUUUGGUUAAACGCGCUGGUCUCAGAAAAUACGGGUCCAAUUUGAAAAAAUAAUUUUGUAUUGGAUAGUGCAUUUGUCGAGGAAGGCAAAAUAACAUCACGCUAGGUCCAGUAGGAGAAGAGAAUCCAUGAAAAAUGUUGCAAAAAAAAAGAAAAUCAUUUGUGAGCUUCCGUUGCUUGCGCUGAGUAAACGGUUAAAGUUAACAAAAAUCAUGUAUGAUGGAAUUGUUUUCCUUUAAAAGUUCUAUAAAAAAGUCCGCGACAGUAUAAUAAUAUGUCCAUAUUAUAAAUUUGACUCACUAUAACAUUUUUCCUCAAUACAACGCAGAUGAAACCGCAGGGGACAUUUAGUAGUGACAUAACUAUAAUAGUUAGACAUACGGUAUCGCGGGCUUUUUUGUAGAUAUUGAUGUCUUCUAUAAAACUUUGCUACAUAAAUAACUUUGCUCUAAUGUCAGUUACUUCCGCAGCAUAGGUACGUCAUAUAAGGUGAUGUUUUGGUAUUUUUUUCACACAUUAGGUUGGGUACAUUAUCGAAGUUUUAAUAUGGAACCCAACUUUUUUUAAAUAUUUUAUAGCCCAUGUUCUUCAGGGAUUAUGUAGAAUUCUUAAUGUGAAAGAUUUUUGCAAAUCGGUCCAGUAGUUUCAGAGCCUAUUCAAACUCAAAUCAUUUAUUGCAACCAUAAUGUGUACAGUUGGUGGUAGGUACUUAUAUAAAUAUGAGCAUUAACACACAAACAAUCAAAUCUUUCCUCUUUAUAAUCUAAUAUAUAAAAUUCUCGUGUCACGGUGUGCGUAAUUGAACUCCUCCGAUACGGCUCGACCGAUUUUCGUGAAAUUUUAUAUGCAUAUUUAGUAGGUCUGAGAAUCGGACAUCUAUUUUUCAUCCCCCUAAAUGUUAAGGGUAUAUAGAUUUUAUUUUUAGACAUUUUUUAUUUUUUUUUAUGAUACAUCAUACAAAAAUACAUACAACCCUAAAUUUUGACCCACCCUUCUACCACCCAUAAUUGAGGCUGUCAGCGCAAAAGUGGCCAGACCCUCAUAUUCUAAUUCAUCUUCAACAAUUAGUAAAAAUGUGUUAAUUCAAAAUCGGCCUAUUUCUUGUUUCACCAGGCGUCAAUAGGUGGCGUUGCAAUUUCUUUUUGCAUUGAUUUUUUUCUCUCAACGUAAACUUCAUAAGUGGCCUUAGCCACCAUUAGCCACUUAAUCAGAAUAUGAAUAAUUGAGGAUAAGGCCACUUUUGAGCUGACAGCCUCAUUUUUAUGGCGAUAUGAAGUUCGCUGGCUUAGCUAGUAUUAGUACCUAUAGAUAUCAGACCCAAGCAUUAUAAAGUCGGGGAACGGUAAUUAGAUAGAGGGCACAAAACAGAAAUUUUAUGAAUUAAAAUAAAAUAUUAAAACAAUAAAAUAUUUAGUAGUCGUCAUCACAUCACAUUGAAGGACUGAUAACGAAGUUACAUCCUACAUUAUUUAUAAUAGUCACAGGGCCAAAAACACAUUCUUCCGAGUAUUCUUGCUAUCGCUUUUUAUAUUUUUUUUUAUAAUUUUUACUUUUUAAACAUGGAACUGUUUCGUUAGCAUAUUUUUGUAUUUUGCGGUAGGCAUGCGUCCGAUAUAUCAAAACGAAUCCAAAAUCCGAUUUCAAACACAAAUCGAUACCGAACGAUUUCUCAACAAGAAAAUCCGAUUUCAGAAAUCUAACCGAACCAAAACCAAAUACCACAAGUAUCCAAAUCUAAAUCGGAUUCGAAAUUCGUGCUUUCGUUUUCGGAAGUCAGAUUUCGUGCUCGGAACUCCGAUUUCGAUUUGCUGUUUACGGAAAUCUAUUGCUGUUCUCUGAGGCGGGAUUAUUUAUCACUGAAAAGAUAUGUCGUCUAAAAACAUCAAAAGUCGAGCAACUUACAUUUUUGGACGCUAACCUGAAGUAAUUAGGUUUGAUUUUGUAAAUGGUUUGAAAAAUAAUAAAAACAAACAGAAUAACAAAUAAAAAUACUAAAAAAUAUGUAAAAAGAAAUCAUUGUAUAAAAGCCGAUUUUUAAAUGCGCCGCAAAAGUUUUACUCUUAACCGUAAACAUAACUUUUCUGCUAGUCCUAAGCCUAGAUUUAAAGCAUGAAGGAAAAUCGCGAAUAUCUACGAGUAUCCUUGCUUCCUACAAUUAAUUGUUUGUGAUUGUCGUUAGCUAAUAAAACCAAAUCAUAACACAAACUAGUAAAUUGGCUAAGUUCAGCACAUCUGAAAUCGGAUUUUAAAAUCGAUUUUGAAAUCUGAAAUCCGAUAAAUAUCCGUUUGCGUUCAAAACCAAAAACGCCCAUGUCUAUUUUGCGGUGUUUAUUUCGUCUGUUCCUCUCCACAGCUCAAAGAAGUCCCAAGCCAGAAAUGAUGCACUUUUCAUGGUACAUUAAGCAAGGUAGGAUAUAGCGUAUUUUCCUUCCUAAUAGGGAUGAUGACUAAUUUUUUUUUCUUCGUUUAUCAGGUAGAUUAUCAAAAAGUAAUGGACACGUAUUUUUUCUUUUUUCACAUAAUAUAAGCAUUGCAGAGAUAUAUUGAUUUGAAAAGUCGCAUGACGUCACGUUUGAGUACACUUAUAAGGGAAAAUUCACUCAAAAGUGACGUCACGAGCCCCUACUCCCAAACUUUGACGCGCUAUAACUUUGUCAUUUGUUGGUUGAUUGCCCAAAGAAAAAUUCGUGUCCAUUAUUUUUUGAUCAUCUAACUGACGGACUAAAUAGAAUUUCGUUUACUGUACCCCGUCAUCACCCCUAUUGGAGCGCCAGUCUGGGGAAGUAAACCUCCAACUUACAUUUGGUAGUGUUGUUUCUGUUAGUUAAUAAGGUUUCAGGGUUAUGAGGACUGUUAAGAUUAGGUACAAAUUAGAUUAAUAGUUAAGUACUCCGUAAAAGUUCGGGUUCAGGCGGCAAGGUGAUGAUGUCUAGAGCGCCAUCGGCACACUUUACUGCGCGUCAGCUGGCAUCUUUGAUACUCAUUGAUAACACUCAAAUUAAAAUAGGUAUCACAUUUUAUUAAUUAUUAUAUAAUUAGUUAAUAAGGUUUCAGGGUUAUGAAGACUGUUAAGAUUGGGUACAAAUUAGAAUAAUAGUUAAGUACUCCGUAAGAGAUCGGGUUCAGGCGGCAAGGUGAUGAUGUCUAGAGCGUCAUCGGCACACUUUACUGCGCGUCAGCUGGCAUCUUUGAUACUCACUGAUAAAACUCAAAUUAAAAUAGGUAUCACAUUUUAUUAAUUAUUAUAUAAUAACACAACAUUACAUCUUUAGCAGAUAACAUAUUUUACCACUCUAUAUAAUCUUCAUGCAAUACAUAAGCUUAGCUUUAUAAACUGAAAUAUAAAUAAAAUGCUAACAACAUAACCAUUUUUAAAGUAGUUCAAACAGUGAUAAUUCAUGAUUUUUUUUAUGUUACUUAUUGGUAAGUUACAAACUCAUAAUUUUAUCAUUUUUGAUCAUCAUUUUGUGAUUCCUACUUGUUGCUGACUUUCGUAAGCACAUGCUGAUUUAGCCUAGUUUAAACUCCUUAAUAAUCGGCUGCUUUAAUUUUAAUGCAUGCAAAAUGCGAAUAGUUAAUUUUUUUUCAUUAAACAGCUAUCAUAAUAGACUACGCACAUCAACAACCUUACCCGUCAGCGGCGCUAAUAAAAAUGCGUACAAUUUCAUGUGCUCAGAGGUGAAUAAAAUAUUAAUGUGACAACAAUAUCAUUGUAAAAUUAAUUCCAUAGUAAAAGAAAAAAAUAAUUCAAAAAGAAUUAUAAAAAGACCUAUUUGAGAUUUUAAACAAAAUUGAAAUUCUCUAAUCUAUGUAGUGAAUUUUUUCUUUAUGAUAUACAAUUUUUAAAGUUAACUUUAGCAUUAAAAAUGCAAAAAUCUAAUCAAAAUUUUAAAAUUACAUGUUCAUCAUUACUGUUUCAAAAGAUGUAAUAGGAAAUAUGUAUGUCUUUUUUAUGUUUUUAUUAAGUAGUUUACAUCCCCCUAAUAUAUAUAGGACAAAAAUAUUCAACGUCGUAAAAAUGGUGUAUUGUGUGUCUAGUCGAACUUGCGCUAGGGCUCGUUGACUGACAUAUCUUGUGAACAUGGCGUUUGUUGAUUUAUUGUUAUGGACUUCUACGUCACAUCCGCUCUGUCGCGAUUCAGAUAUUUGAAUUUUCCCACAGGUUUUAUGAACUUUUCAAUAACUCAUUUCAUGCUAUUAUAUUAAAUGAAAAAUUGUCUCAUAAAAAUGCCAUAUUUGAAUUACAUGCAUAUUUCCUAUUUUCCAAGAAUGAUCUUUUAUGCUAAACUGAAAAUAAAAGCAGCUAGUAGCCACCAUUAAUUUUCAAAUAACUGUUUGUAUAACACAAAAUCCUUUGUCAUUCUUUUAUUCUCUAAAGGCAUCUAGUUCCUAUUAAGGCGCAAUUACAUUUGGUCGCUAGUCCGUAUUCUGGUGCGCGAAAGACAUUACUCGAUUUCGGGUACCCGAAGCAAUAAUUACAUUGUUUUCGGGUACUGGAACACGGACAAACUACCCUGCACCCGCGUUCUAUUUGAAACGAAACGAACACGGUCGACUCCGUUCAUAACACUUAGGCCCGUAUUACAGAAUGAAAACUAAGUGUUGAUCUUUACUUGAGUACAGUUAGAAAGAGAUAUCGCUAUGUGCUAUAUAUAGCGACAUCCCUUUCUAACUAUGCUCAAGACUAGAUUAAUCACUGACAUUCUUUCUGUAACACGGGCCUUAGUCGUUGUCCGAAUUUCAUAGGCACUCGUAGGUAUACGGGUUAACGACAAAGUGUAAUCGCGCCAUGUGAGAAAUAAGUACUACUAUGAAGACAAGAAAACUCAUAAAAUAAAAUUAAAUAUUAUUAAACAAUUGAAAGUAAAUGUAUGCACUGCCAGCACUGCACACUGACGAGACAAAUGUAGGUGAACUUAAUAACAUAUACUUACAUAAUUAUGAUCUUACAUUAAGUAAGUAAUAAAAUAUUGACCCGACUUUCGACUAGUAGGAGUAAUUUGACAGAAUUUGAUCUAACAAAAAAAAUCUUCUGUAAGUACAUUUUGAUUGAUUAUAGACACACACACAUAAAGAUACUUUAAGCAGUAGAUCUAGUUUGGUGAAUAAUAUUGCUAUUAGAUACAGAAUAGUUGUCAGUUUUGAAUUAACCUGAUGCGAGACCGUGCGUGGUGUGACAAGUGGAGAUCUUUCUAUUUGCUUUAACAAUAACUGUUUUAAAUGAAAUUAAAAUUAUGAAAUAUAAUAACUUUCCGUACGUAGGCUUAUGUGUAUGAAAUCAAAACUUGGUUAAUUGUAUGGGAUUGAGAAACUUGAACGCACAUUAAUUCAUAGCUUAAUAUCGGGUGCCGGUCACUUUGUAUACGUAAUUUUUUCAUUCCCCAUAAAGAAAUAACUCCUAUUACCAACCUCUUUAAUUUUUUAUUUGAUGACAGUAAGUAGGGAAGAUUUUGCGCGGACAGUCGGCAACGGUUGCCGCGACUACACCCGCACUCCCGGCGUGCAUUAGGGGUACUGCGGUCCUCACAAUGUACGCCGGGUGACUGGUGCAGGAGUAUUGUCUGGUUUUUAGUGGCCCUGUUCAGGGCGUUAGGUAGGGCCCUGCUCAUUUUACCCGGCCUAAGGGCUGGCUGAAAUGAGCAGGGAGGAGUCCCACAUACCUUCUUCUCGCUCCCCCGGUGGUUGAAGGAUGCGUAAAGCAUUUCCCAGACAAAAAAAAGGGAAGAUUUUAAACCUCAAAAAUAGAGAUGUUGACCUCUGGAUGAAGAGAAAGAUGGCCAAUUUGUCUGUUAAUAGAGCCGACAGAACAGAUCUUAGAAGGAGACCUCUCUUUGUGAUAGAACCAGAUUGUUCAUUUUGUGGAUCGAUUCAAUAAAUAAAAAUUCACUGUUUGAACUGCCUUAUAUACAAUUAACAAUUCCUCAAUAACCUAGACUAACGAAUUAUCGACCAACCGUGCAGAACUAAAAGAAAUAUAAAGUCUGGCUAUCGCAAAUGCCAACAAAUGAGCUUUCUCCACAUUUUCAAAUAAGAUUGGGUCAAAAUUCUAAUUGAAUAUUUGUCUGACCUAAUUAACAGAAGUGUGCAACGAUUCGAUGUGGAGAUGGGGUAGAGCAUGAGGCAUAAACGUAUGGGCGGACGUAGAGGGUGUGCCCCACGGGUGUUCUUUCCGCCUAAUACAGCAUUGCUAGUACAUUUUUGGUCUCGAAAUAACUGUGGCUGGUAAUCUUAAGUUAAGGAUUAUUUACUCAUAAGUCAUAAAGGACUGUUUGUGAAUACUUAUUAUCGGUAGUAUUAAAUAAAACUACGAUCCCUUAAAGUUUUGAAUUUAAGAAUUAUGAAUAUUUGAGUUCUACAAAAACAGAAUGGGUACCAAGAAUCGACUUAUUAAGAAAUCACAGAAUCGAUGAAGAAAGCUGUUUCAAUUUGUAUUUUCUUUCUUUUCAAAGUAUCCUAAGUUUUCAUUAUUCUUAUACGUAUUAUAUGUACUAUUGUCAUUUCUUGAGAUAGGUUCGACCUUUAUGCAAGUAGAUGUGUUCUUUCUAUUCAGGUAUUACUCAAAUGAUAUCAUAGAUUUUAUUACAUUUUUGGUUGAGUUUAAUGAAGUUGUUGAAAAAGGUCCAUAUUAUGAUUAGAUUCCGAUAUAAAAUAGGAAUUAAUUGUGAACUUUUGUUCUUUUGUCAAAACUUUAAAAAUCUUCAAUGAUAAUUUAAAUUUAUCUUAAAAUCACAUCAAUCAUGAAAAGCAGUUCAUCUAUUUGCUAUUAUUUUGUCAAUAAUAGUAUCACAAUUCCUAGUUAACAGAAAGGUACUUACUUUUUUUAAUUCUCAAACCGUUACCCUAUAUCGUGAAAGCGGUGCCCUUUUAGUAUUUGUGCUAAGCCCCGUAUCGGUGACUUUUCAUCUCCGUCUCCUAUUGCUGUUUAAUUUUGUGAUAAUAUGCGUCUGAAUACAGAGAUCGAGUGACAGUAAUAGCCUGUGCCGACGAGGGAUUUUUGUCCGCGGAGGACUUUCGGACACCGAGGGACCGGAUAGGACAAAAUUCCGCGAAAAAAAAAAGAACAUAAUUAUGUGACAAGAGGCGGCAACGCACACGGCGGCCAUUUUUCCGCGAUGCGUUGCGCAUGAAAUCGAUUGUUAAUUUAAAUAAAAGUGAAAAACCGGCCAAGUGCGAGUCGGACUCGCGCACCGAGGGAUCCGUAUAAACAUGUAGGUAUGUUUUAAUAAUUAUUAAAAAAAAUAUAUUAUAUGAUGUACUUAACUAAAAAUUUACGGUUUUCGCAAUUUUUCCUUUAUCUGUACUAUAAGAAGUUACUUCGAACCAAAUUUUAAGAUUCUAAGUUCACGCGAAGUACCCUAUAGGUUUUGAUUUCCGUGCGAGUUUUGACAAUUUGCGGCAUAAUCGGCUGUAUCUUUUGAUUGCUUUGGCUUAGAAGUUUGAUUUUUUUCACAGCUCCAAGGGACAGUAGACCUGAGUAUUCUUAUUAUUUCAGUUUGAUACCUCCACGCGUUCCUGAGAAAAAUGGUCUUGACAGACGGACGGACGGACGGACGGACAACAAAGUGAUCCUUUAAGGGUUCCGUUUUUUCCUUUUGAGGUACGGAACCCUAAAAAAGAACUAUAUAAAAAAAUGAGUAUCACGACCGAAAGGAUAAUGGCGAAAUAUUUGUUGAAAUAAUUCUUUAGCGCCUAUAGAUUUCAUCAAUAGAAAUUCAAAUAACUUUAACGGACUAAUCAAAUAAUUGAAGAGGGUUGUCUAAGUCAGGAAUAAAAACUUUUAUUUAAGGAAACAUAAUUGACUAAUUAUUAAGUAAUCACAUUUAUUUUUAGUGUCGCUUAGCGUAAUGUCUUCUGAGCCUAUCUUUUAAAAAGAUCGACAAACAUUGUUUAAUUCAAUAUUAGUAGUCAAAGCAUUAUAAAUAAUCUCAACAAUAUAAAUAAAUAAUCAAUCCGAUAUUAAACGCAUGGAUCCAGUGUUUUUUUUUAGAACGCUUCUCGUUUUCUUAAGCUUCAUGUUAAUUACAAUACAAUAUGUAAUCUUAGAAUAUUGUUCCAUAGCAUGCGCUUCACAAAAUUUUCGGGGGACAAGUGUCUGCACAGCGUGUGAGUUGAGUCCGUGACAAGUCCUCCGUGGUUAAUUUUUUCAUGAUGCGGGGACAAAAGCCCGUCGUCUGCGCAGGCCAUAAAUUGAUCUAACUAAGUACUUUAGUAAUGUCACUAUGACGUAUGUAGGUGUAUGAGCGCGAUAACAAAAAUUACAGUUACAAUUAGCCCUCCCAUUGUACAAGAAGUAAAAUUGAUUUUUCAAGUUCUGCUUGCGACAUUCGCUUAUUAAACCGCCCCUAGUAGUAUUUUUUGUACGUAAAACGUGGAGAAGUGCGCUACGCGUGUAUUAAGUAUAUAAAAUAAAUUUAUAAAUACUAACAUAGUUCAUGAAAUUAUCGCACCAUUUGCCCACCAUAAUUAUACGUAGGUACGGGCUAAACGUACAUUACAAUAAAAGCACCUUAAAUUUACAGAUUGACAUAUAAAAUAAAUUGUUUCUCCUUACACACAAAAUACGAAGUCUAAGGACUACAUGUUUUUUUAAAGUGUGAAUAAAUACAAAUAAACAAGAUAAUGAGUAAAUAAACUAAAACAUAUUGGAAGAAAACAUUAUAUACGUAAGAACCUACAUACAUAUCGCGGCUUAUAUUAUUUAUCAAAGUUAUGCAAGCUUAGCUCAAUUUUAGUCUGUAAGUCUUACCAGUUACAAAUAUUUGUAUUGUAAGAUUAAACGGUAAAAAUGAAUACAGCUUUGACGAUUUACAUUAAGCACGCAGUGAAAUAAACAUCGCCUGACUCAUUGCAUGAUUGCAAUGUCUACUUACUGGGUAUGAAUAUGUUUACAUGAGCUGCGUUUUAUUUAGGUAUUAUUGUUGCGACACUUAUUUAUUCAGCUAUUUAAAAUGUGGAAUAUUUAUGAACGGCUAGUAACAUUAAUAAAUCAUAACUUUGUCGAGAUCAUACCGAAGUCAUUCUCCCGACUUCAUGUAGUACAAAUUUAAAGCAACGUUCGAAUCAUUAUCAGGUCGCUAUGAUGUAAUUUAUAAUUUAAAACAUAUUAUUAUAUCUAACUGCUAACAAUUAUUUUCCUUUUUAACAACAACUAUACUCAAUAUUAUUACAUUAACUACUACUUUUAAAUUCACAUUGGAAUAAAAUAACUUUUAUUUAUUAUAUAUGACAAUAGUUAUUGUUGAGUCACUGCCAAUAAAAUAUCUAAUUAGUGCCUCAUUAUAAUCUUUUACAUAUACAUAAUAUACAGCAUUAAAACAUUUUAUGUAAAGAUAUUUUAUAUAAAUAUUUCUUUAAGUGGGAAAUGAAUAGUAUCUAUCAUUAAUGCAUUUUAUAUGAUCAGAAAAUCAUUAGAAUAUGUUAAUUAUAUCUAAAAUAUGUAUGUACUUCAUUACAGCUAUCUCGGAUAGAUAAUAAAGAAAAAAAUCUUUAUAAUAGAAUAUACCUACCAUUUAUAUUAAUUACCUAACGCUGACGUAACGAGUAAUUAUAAUUAUUAGUUUUAAGAACAAUAGUUUUUUAAGGAGAAUUUGAUUCUUUACUUACAUUAUUGAUCAAUCGUAGGCUUACGUCGUUACGUCAGUAAUAGGUAAAAAGUUUAAAACAUCCCAUUUGUUCUUUGAAGUAAGUAGAUGCAAAGCUCUUUAGAAUAUGUCAAUUAAUAUUCGGCACUUGUAUCUAAGCUAAAUCUUAUAUUAAAUUAGUACCUCGAAUCUUGAUACAUACACCAUAGAAAUACCACGCUAUAUUUUGUUUUUUUUUUGUGUUCGAAGUUGAUUCCAAAUCACAACAGUAUACUGUUCAUAAUAUCCAUUAACAGUUGCUCACACUAAAUUUAAUGUUUGCUACUCGAACGCCUUACAAAGUGUCCAUUAGGUAAAGUUUUUGAUAAAAACUUCUUAAACCUUUUAGCAUUACUCAUAAAAAAGGGACAGGGUGAGUCCUUACUCGUGGGGAGUCUUGGGUAGGCUCUGGGCCCAACCCAAUUCGUUGUUUCACUGUCUCAAUGAACUCCAACACGGCCAUAUAAAUGAAUUUGUAUUGCGCUUCAUUUUGAACCAUACCAGAUCGCUGGUCUCGUACCAUUUGCACUGUACGAUGUAUGUCAAUUUCACAAUCAAAGCCUUCCUUUCGUAUUUGGUCUAAUAUCAUGUCAAUGACAAUGAAUGUACCGGUACGGCCUAUGCCGGCGGAGCAGUGGACGCACACCACGGCCUGUGCAGGCGGCUCGUCGCUCGUCAUUAUUUGCUGCAAUCUGUAAUUGACAUCGAGUAAGAUGUUUAAUACGCGACCUGGUUCCGAAGGCACGCCGUGGUCGGGCCAUGCAGUGAAAUGGAAGUGAUAAAUCGUUCUUUUAGUGUUACAUUCGUCUUUCUUUACAACUUGAAAACGACGCAAAGUGUAAUCCUGGGUAGAAGACUCAGACUCAUUGGUUAUUGUAUAUUUCUUUAUAACUUCCGUUUUAUUUAAUUCAGGCCAAUAUCUUUCACAUUUUACUUUUCCACGUUCUAUUUCUUUAGUGGUCAUUAUAAUUAUACGUACAUCUUCUUGCCAUAUCAUGGACCAAAACUGGUAAACAGUGGUCGAGAGACAUCCUUGCGUGGCUAUGUAAAUCUUAUUAUAGACAUUGUCCGCUACGGUAGGCUCCGCCUCGACGACAGAUUUUGGAAUCGUCGUAUUCACAUAAUUUGGAUUAGAACGAAGGACACUUGGUUCAUAUGUUGGUGAGAGCUUUUGGACACCAUUACUGAUUUUACUUUCCCUUCCGUCGCUAACAGGUUCUUCGGUAACUAUUACAGUUGCAUGAGUAGGUGAAGAUUUAUCUUUACCUCUAGAUGGUGUACCAUCUCUUGUGUGCGGAGAACCAUUUUCAUUACUCCCAUUAGAAUCUUGAUCGUACAUGAAAUCAGUUAUAUCACAACGAAUAUAGUUCGCAUUGAUAUAAUCAGAACCUGGAGGAGCAUCGACGGGAAUAUCUCGUAAUAUGACCCGCGUAUGAUCAAAUGGUAUAAUGUUUUUAUAUCGAUUUUUCCUAAUAUUUUCCGGUUUGGAACCCUCCAUUCUAUCGAAUAACUGCAAGUUUUCCAUCAUUUGUAAAGUUUCAAAUUCCUCCCAAAAGCCUUGCUUAUAGGCCAUACUUUCGAUCGGGCCCUCGUUUUCCUUUUGCAGUUGUUUUACUCGUGUUUGGAAAUGACGGACUUGAAUGCGAGUUGCAUUAAACGGCUGAAUAAGCCUCAAAACAUCGCCUGUGGUUUCUACCAUUGGAUAGUUACGGUAGUGUUCUAUGAGGCUUACGAGAUCGGCAAAUUGUAGUCCGCCUCCAACGUCGUACUUAUUAUCUUGCCGGCGUAUGAUGACGUGGGUAACGCGAUCACGCGUCCGCACAGACAGCACAAAGUCUCCAGGUUGCCUCUGAGACUCGCGAACUAGAAACGAGCCAUUUUUACCGUUCUCUAACAUCAUCCUUUCAGCUUCUUUUGCUGUUAGUUGACCGUGAUACCAACGUUCGGUCGUAGGGUCUGCACAAUUGAGAGGUGUUUUUAAUCGUAUGAUAUUUCCGUUUUUCUCUCGUAGCUGACCUUGGUUAUCCAUGUAGAACUGAACUAGCUCCGAGAGAGUGGCAAACUUUUCACCACCGUAAAGGUCGAGGAAUUCGCCAUUGUUUUGAAUUUUGAUGUGUGUUACCUCGUUACCACGCCGAACAGACAAUGUGAAAUCACCUUUAUUACUCAUACUCGGUCUGGCUAAGAAAUAUCCGUCGCGACCACACUCCAUCAACAAUUUUUCGGCAUCUAGACCAUUUAAUGAUGGAUGGAACCAUCUUCGAGUAAUCAUCUUACAAUAAAUAAAAAAAGCACCACGUUGCACUACUAUACCUUAACUACUUGGUUAAUAGCUUCCUAGCCUUUUAAUUUUUGAUACCACACUCAUACUUCUUAUAUAUCUGAAACAAGAAAAAAAAAUAAGUUAGUAGUAGUUUUACAAAAUUUUACACCAGACAAUUAGGCGAUACCCAAUUGCCACAUACAAAUUUAGAUCGCAAACUUCUAGAUCGCAUUUUGAGAUGUAUCCGUAAUUCCCUAUAAAUCUGGGUGCUUGUGCUUAUAAGCGUAGUCUUCAUACGGCCCGGUAGUGCCGGUACUGUCAAAAGUAAUUGUCUAGAUUUACUGUUAUUCAAAAUAUUAUGAUUUUAUGUUUGAUAUUUUUUAUGAUUCCUAGGCUUGACGACAUUUUUACACCUAUAAGUCUAAAUAGAAUAAUUUUUAAAUGUCUGUGUUUUGGUGUUUAUUCGUUACAGUCUAUAACGAAUAAUUUCAAAUAUGAAUAAUUAAAUAAAAACAAAAUUAGAGAUCUGCAUUACUCCUGCCCUCCUAGCAUGAGCACCGCGAUAUGAUGGAUAUAGCCUUUUUAUCGACAGUCAACUGUCAAACUCCAUUUAACAAUUUCGAAAAAAAUGCUAUAGUUUUGAUGGUCAUACUAGGGGCUGGCAAAGUGACAUACCCCUGGAGGAGCGGUUCCGGGCGGUGUUGAAUAUCAGCAUCGCCACGGUCUGCUUCCCCAGGCGCUGGAAGAAGGGGCAUCUCUGCCUGUUGAGGAAGGAGAGCCUCCCUGCCGAUUCCCCAUCGGGAUAUCGGCCGAUUUUGGUGUUCGACGAUGGCGGAAAAUAGAGAGAAGAUCCUGGCACGCCAGAUAGUCGAGCAUCUGAAGGGCCCGGGGCCGAACUUAACAGAGAACAAAUUCGGCUUCUGAUCCCGCUGGUCCACAAUGGACGCGGUGGCCACUACGCGGGUUGACUGUUAUUACGGUGUCGCUGGACAUACGCAACGCACACAAGUCUCCCCCCAGUGUAUCACGGGGGCACUUCUUUUCCACCACGUGCCUCCGAACCUGUGCGACAUCGUGGAGGACCACCUGCAAGGCAGGACAAUCCUCUGCGACGUGACGGUCGUAUCCUCUCCCGUCAUGGCGGCAGUUGUACCCCAAGGAUCAGAGCUGGGCCCACUUCUGGAACUUGGGCCACAAGUGGGUCCUGCGAGGCAGUCUCUUACUCAAUGUGGAGGUAGUGUGCUACGCCGACGAUAAGUUAAUCGCGGCAAAGGCGAAGACGGUGAAAGAGGUGGUCCAUCUUGCGUCGGUCGGCACGUCACUUAACGUUUGAUGCACCCGCCUUUUGUGCCUGGACGUGGCGUCGAUUAAACAAGGGCCAUGACGUUCCGCCACCCACGCCGCAGGAUCCAGCGGGACGACUUAUCUGGGUGAAAAGGGUCCGAAUACCAGCCGAGGGAAGUCUCAGUACCUCGGCCUGGUGCUGGACCCCCGAUGGAGUUUCAAAGAGAACAUAGCUGCUAUAUUUGGUGUUAUGAAUGAUAUGCAUUCUAGGUCCCAUCCUACUAAUCGCUACCUGGAGAUACCAAAAAUGGUCUGAAGUAACAAAAGCAAGGUUUAUGUACUCUAUAUUCCAAUGCACUAUGGUUGUGCGAACGUAUGAUGAAAUGUACAGCUAAAGAAUGAAGAACUUUUUUUUUUGUGUAAAAAUCAAAGCAUUAUAUUACCUAGUCAGGUCAUAAAUUCUGUCACAUGUUUAAUAUAAAAUAAUUGAAACAAGUUUAUUCAUUAUGUAAAAUGAACUUAACAAAGCAUAGAUUCUUAUGACAAUAAAGUUUAUUCAAAAUGACCUCCGUGAUUUUGAAUCCACACAGGCCUUCAAUCUGCGCGGCUAGUCGUCUAUCGCAGCACGAAAGAGGCCCAUGUCAAUAUCGGCGGCUGCCUUAAUCAAGGAUGUCUUGAGUGACUCCAAAUUAGGAUGAGGCUUUGAGCACGCCUUUUCCUCCAAGUGUUGCCAUAUCUUGUAAUCUAACGGACACAAAUCUGGACUGGAGGAGGGCCAGUCUUUGUGCCGGAUGAAGUCGAUGUCACGCGCCGCCCGCCAGCCUUGUGUGCUCUUCGCUCUGAGCUGGCGCCGAAUCUUGUUGGGAUACCCAAUGCCUGUUAUUGAACAUGGUAUGAGAAACAGGUUCCACAAGGUUCGUCAGGACUGUAUUUUGAUACACAACUGCAUUCGUUUUUACACCUUUCUCACAAAAAUGUACCUAGGAUGGAAAUUGACCUCGUUGGACACUCGGAAUACGGGUGCUCGCUUCUUCACUAUUGUGUGCGUACACCAUAUCAUUUUGUUUGUUGUAGCUCUCUUCUACGGUAAAAAUUUUUUCAUCCGAAAAAAGAAUUUCCCGAUGAUGUCAAAAAUUUGAAUUGGCGCGUAACCGCAACGAUGCAACGCAAUAACUGCAACACGGUCUUUUUUAAGCUACAACUCCAUAUUUAAAAAUGAGUAAAAUUCUAAAAAGUAUACAUUUUUAUUUUCAUGAACAAUUCGAAAUUCGAAUUCAAUAAACUUUAUGUGACCAGCAUUCUAAAAGAAAAGUUUUUACCUUAUGACAAUACUUAUAACCUGACUGUGUAUUUAUUGAUAUACCUAAUGUUUUGUAUUUGUUAUUAACCCAACUACUCCUGAAACAUUUUACUGUGUCUGAUUUUGACUAUACUUAAAAUAUGAGGCUUAAAAUCUGUCAAAUAACAUGGGAAACAUAUGAACAAAUAUAUUUUCCUCAUGGAAAUCCCGAAAAACGGUGUUGUUUAUAAACAACAGUAGUAGAAUGUACUACUAUCAGGUAUGUUUCUGUGUUUCUAAUAAUAAGUGAUUUUUAAAUAUUUUAAUUAAAGGAGGCAUAUUAUUUAUUUCCCAAACACCUGUGUAUGGAUCAGUCGGUCUAUGUGGGUUAAUAUAAAUAUUAACUUGAUAGCCUUAAAAUAUUCCUUAAUGGCUUCAAAUUAAAAACAAACGAUUAGUAAAUUAAAACAAAAUUACAGUAUUUUCAGAUAUUAGUAUUUAUGAAGUUACAUUUAAGAGAUGUUAAAAAUAUUAUUUUCCAAACAUCAUAAGUAUUACAAAAAUGUUAACUAAUAAAGGUACUGCUGUUAUAAUUUUGUCUUUAUGUACACAAUUGUCUAACACUAAGUAAAAUGUAGAUAGUCACUUAUAUAGUAAAACAAUCAAGGCAAUUAUUAUUUUAAUUUAAACUUCCAGUAACUGCUUUUAUUGCAUAAUCUAAUACUCACCUCUUAAAAGGCACCCUAUAGGGAAUAGUUUCAAAUACACCCUAAAAUAGAAACUAUGUGUUGAAGCGCUGUUGCUAUGCUGACUUAAGAUUUUUUUGAACAGUUUUUCAAGGGCGUAUUCACUAGGACACUAGUUUUAUGCACUGAUAGUAAGAGUUAACGACAAGAAGUGAAAUUUAUAGUAGCAAUACUUGAAUAAAACUAAACUAAAAGGAAAAAUUAAAUAUUUUGCCUUUAGAACUGUAAAAUUAUCUUUUUAUUCACAUCACAAGUAUGUCUGCAGAAAUGUCAUUCGGUUUUUUUUAACGUUCUUUUUUAAGAUUCUCCCUUUUUAGGAAAGGCACAGGAAACAAUGUCCAAACAGCCUAGUCGUAAGUUAUAUUAUUGUUCUUUUUUUUACAUCAGAAGAUCGGUGUGACACAUUCUGAUGUUUCUUGGAGUAUUUGGCACGAAAUGUAUCGAGUUGGCUUAAGGUAGCUUUCCAAUUACAGCAUUAUAGCGCAUUAUGCGGCAUAAUGCUUAACGUUGAGUGUUCCAACUACAGCAACGCUUCGCACAAUUGAGCACUCUCAAAAGUGAUGCUUUCGUGUGAUGCGUGCAAUCGUACCAACUUAGAGACAGAAAAUUAACAAGUGUUUUUUCUUUAAGUUGGCAUUGAUCGAAAUGUUAUAUUUAUUAAGUUUUAUUAAUAUCGUUAGUAAUAUUAUUUAUUGUUGAAAAAUUAUUCAAACUUACAUUUCAUCAUAGUUUUUUUUAAAUAAUCAAAGUUAAUUCAAACUGUGUUAAAAAUUAAAUAUAAAUAUGGAUGAAGGUACAAACAUUGACUUUUUUUUUCAACACUGAAUUUAGCGCACUCUGCUGGUGCAUUUGAAAACUAAUUCACGUUCCAAUUAAGCAUCAGCAUAAUUCGGCAUUGUGCGGCACUGAGUCGCAUUAUGCUCUGUAAUUGGAAAGCAACCUAUAAGCUUCAGUGAGGUAGUCAACACUACAAUAAAGUUCUCACGUUCACUUGACCGGAAUAGCGUAUAUUUUAAAGAUUCCACUAAAAUGAUUUCUGUUGCGUAGACGACUGUUACGCAAAAUCAUACUAAUUUUAUUUCUCAAUAUCCACUAUGAACGAAUUUAAUCAAAUAAUACUCCUGCAUAUAGAAGUAUUAUUUGACGGUAAAGGGGGCCUGGUUGUCGUGACGUUUCACAUAGACUGUGAUACUAUCUUAUAUACAACGACAUAUGAACAUAAUGUUAUUGGAAUAGGACUAUGAUUCUUGCGGUUAGGAGAUAAAUAUAUAAUGCUUGCUCACCGAGUACAGUCCACCCACAUUCUAUAUAUCUUGAGAGCCAUAUCCAAAAUGGAGCGGGCUUUUACAGCCCGUUUACUCUCUGCGCGGGAGCCGGGAAACCCAGUGUGACGGGCAACCUGAGCCAGUCUCAGGGACCAUUACGCCCGUCCCUCUCCGCUCGGGGGCCAGGAGAGCUGCUACCUUACUUAACUAAAGGGACCUAGUCCCCAACAGACCUCCUACCUCCCCUUACAGUCUGCCCAUGCCUCGCAACCGAUCUCUCCCAAAGAACUCAGUGGGCCCAAUACCACACACAAACUCAACAAGCGGUCUUAUUGCCUUUGCAAUCCAAUACGUCUACGUUGACGUCCAUAUAGCCUUACCAGGUCGUAGCGCGUCCGCUAGUCCGACCUGGGCUCCGCUUGUUGAUGAGAGAUCUAUUAGCACACUCUCCGGCCACUGUUCAUUACAAGAAAUAGGGAGGACCAUACUCCAUGAUCGAGCAGUACGAACCUUAACUAUGCCAUCAAGGACUUACCAUUAUAUUCCUUGAGCUCACCAAACCAUUGUCACGGAGUAUUAGCGCAGCCGCCAAUUCACCCUCGCUGCCCUCCAGUCACCGCCUCGAAAGUCACUCGUCAUCUGUGUCUCUGUCUUCCCUCCUAAAAUCGAACUGUCAAUAUGACAUUGGUUCAGGAAGGGGAAAUGUCAAUGUCUAUGGUAUUAUCAAAGAGAAUAAUAAGGCUCUAUGCACACUUACCAUAGUUUGCGGAAGUUCGCGAUUAUUCGCGACACUGGUACCCAUAUGAAAAAUAUAUACGAAAUAGAAAUAAUAUAUUAAUAAUUCUACUUAUAUGUGAAAUUUAACACCAUUCUUUUGUAAGUUUAAUAUUCCAGUCCGUGAUUCCAGAUAUGUUUCACAGCAAAUUACAUACCUAACAUUUUGGCAUUCUUGGUCUCCAACAUACACUCGCGUGACUUGCUUGACUCAGUCUAGCGAAAUGUCCGACGCGCAACUAGUUUUGUUUUUGAGAUGGCGCAACAGCGCGGGAAAAUCGACAGAGGAAUCGCUGUGAAUGCUUAAGCAGACUACUGACAUCCCUGCCGAAGAGGCAAUCUAGGGUGUUGCUCAGAAAAAUUAAAUGAACUACAAAAAUAAAAACGGUAUUGAGAAAAUCAUUUCAUUGAUACGUACUACAUAAAAUUACAUUAAUUUAAAUUAACACCAUUAGAAGAAUUUUUGUUGACUUCUGAGACAGAUUUUUGAGACUUUCCAAAGUAGUUUGACAAAACUUUUCGUACUGCCUGUUUUUUCGAUUGGGAUGAACAUUCUCCAUGCAGAUUUGUUUGUUCCUUAUUCCAAUGUUCAACAAAACUCUGACGUCGAAACACUUUGCCUAAAGAUUGCCAUUUUUGUUCACGGUUAAUAUUGUUAUUUUCAAAACUUUCUUUACUGCCAGAUGGACGGUCUCCCUGAAAGAAAAUAAAGAGAGAUUCUUCACACAAUUCACGACAAACAUGACUGAAAAGGUUUAAAAAUACCGAAUUUCUUACAUCAUUGGAUUUAGUUGAUCGCAAUUGUUGUCGAAAAAAAUUGGUAAUUGACUUUUUCCAAGUCUUCGGUUUUCUAAAUGAGGGCAGUUCUAAAUUAUCCGUUCCUUCUCCUGGUAUUUUAUUCGUCUUUUUUUGUUGUACCUCUUGUUUGGCCAUUUUGUUAUUUGAAAUUAUAGCACCUUCAGGACAUAACAUUUCGGUUACAGAAUUUUAUUUUGUUAAAAUACUCAAAAGCAGUAAACUUGUCAAAUGUAAAUUAUUGAUUAUCAAAUUCUAUAUUUAAAAUUAUUAUUACUUUGACAUAGAUACAUAAUUUAUUAACAAUUUCUUAUUACGUGCAAUUUUCCAAACAGGUUUUAAUAAUCAGUGAGUAUACAUUUUUAAUAAAGAGAAAACAUGAAGAAUAACAAUGGAUGAAGGAUUUCGCUCUAAGUUAGCAGUUGGCGUAACACAUGUUUUUUCCAAGACCAACGUGCCAAACACCCUUUAAAAAGGGCCGUAGCAUGUUCGUAGCCGUAAUAUUUGCUACAGUCAACCGAUUCCAGCUCUUUUUUUUUGCUAAAGAUCUUACGUUCAAUUACAUAUACAUAACUUUGAUUUGAUGUAAAUGUAUACUACUUUUAGGGACAUGGACUAACUAACUGACUAUUGAAAGUUUUUAAAUGGAAUGGGUUUCAAGUAAAUUAUUAGACCAUUAUAAUAAAAUACUAAGGUCUAUGGACAGGGAAUGGAUUAGGAAAAUGAUUGCAAGUUGAUACUUUAUGUAUAUCUAAGUAAAAUACCUAUAAUUAUUUUAUACGUCGAUAUUGGGCCCGACUCUGGUAUUUCUCAAGAGUUUCGACUGUGUAAAAGAAUAAGCCUUUGCCUAAUGUAAAAAAAAUGUAAUAGAUAAGAAACAAUGGAUUAGGCGGGAAGUAAAAUUGAAAACUUUUUCUGGGUUCACACACUGGAUUAUUUAGCAUUUAUUUUUAAAAAUACAGCAAAAAAUGACUGCCACUGCAACUCCAACUUCACAGGCUAUUACUGAAUGGACCAAAAUAUUUCCUAAGCAAAUAACAGAGAACUACACAAGCUCAGUAACUUUUAUGAAACAACUCACAGUAAUAGCUGUUAGUACUAUUACUUACUUAAAGAAUGCAUUUCCGGAAGAAAGUUAUUUUAUAGAAAAUUUUGGUGGAUUGAAACUAAGAAUAUUGAAACAAAAGUGUAGGGACGAACUUGCCCAAUUUCUGAGUACCGCGCUGACUCAAGCUUUCGAAGCAUUUGAUAAAAAAUAUCUUCACCAGCUGGCUCUUUGCUUCUACGAGGACGAGUGUAAGGCGGAGAACCUGAUUGAGUACCACGUAUUCGAGUACUCGUACAACAGCGAAGCGGUGACGUUGAGCGUCCACUCGAAGGGGCAGGACGGCGCGGCGCAGACGAGGAAAUUUACCUUUGACAGCGUCAGGGAGCGCACGAUGCACCUCAUACGCGCGUGCGUGGUCAUCAUGCAGACGUGCCAGUUCGAGCUGCCGGAAAACUAUGACGUCAGCCUCCGACUUUAUUACAAUGAACACGCGCCGGAUGGAUAUCAAGCGCCGGGGUUCAGUGCAUCAGAAGAAGGCGAAGAGCACGUGCGCGCGCACGCCGGUGACGCCGUCAAACUUGGCUGUGUAGAGACGCCCUACCACCGUCUGCUGGCCAGGACCUACAUCAGGGAGACGCUGCGCGCCAGCCACGAGGCCAUUCCUUCACAGAAUCCUCCAAUGAUGUCGCAGAUGGAACCAGAUAUCGAUGAGUCAAUGACAAAAGAAUUGUCGGAGUGUAGCGAGACAUCGCUAUUGCAAUGUCCAUGUAACAAAGGCGACAGCGACACGGACUCUGCAGGCCCGCUGCUUACAUGCCAGUACUGCAAAACUCAUCAACACGCAGCGUGUUUUGGCCUUACUCCAGAGAAUGCCGGCCAACUGACUGAACACUGCUGUGCGAAUUGUUCUGACGAAGAUCCCACAAGAGUUCCUACUGAUCAGAGACUCGUGUCACUUUCACGCAAUAAGAGGGAGUUUUUCUUAUUGGCAGUGCCUGUGCAUCUUCAGACGCGCAUUGUGGUGGUGCGCGCGAUCGGGAGCGGCGAGCGUCCGCGACCUGUCCGCAGCUCUAGGCGUGUCCGACACCAACGCCACCAAGCUGAUGCGCCUGCUGCACUCGCACGGCGUCGUGCUGCCCCCCACCCACCCCGACCAAAUCACGCCACUGAAGAUAAUGACAGAACGUCUGAAUUCAGUUAUGAGCAAGUUUUACCAAGUAACUGGCGAAGGAAACUUGGUAGAUCGUCUGCUCGCCGAAACAUUCGCCUCGCAGGAGAGCCAGUCCGACCCUGUCGCAGAUGUUCUCAGUCCAUUAGAAAAAGUGUCUUUACAAAACGCUUCUAACCCUGUCAAGAUACUAGAAAACCACGACGAUAAUAACAAACCUAACCGUGACGAUUCAACUCUAAGGCAAUACAAAGAAGCACUGUUGCCCGAUAACCAACUAAAUGAACAGUUGCCAUUAAGUGAUUCCCGUGACCCUAUUACUGAUAUAACAAACUUGGGUAUAACGAGAACCACUAAGAGAAAGGCAAACGAAGACAAUGAAGAAGCCAUUCCAAGGCUCAGAUCAGGUGUAAGAACUAAACGUGCCAAAACUAAAGAAUAGGUUUCAUACACUUUACUAUAUAAACAACAAAUUUCAUUUAUUUGAUUCUUUAUUUUUAUUAUUUCUUAAAUAACAUAGUUGAAAUGUUCCAUCAAAAGAAUGAAAACUAAAGUUGUUCUAUUAAUUUAAGUUUCUUUUGUUUGAUUCUAGAUUUUCUUAAUAAUUGAAAGAUUAAAGUUUUUAUUUUCGGUUUUACUCAAGGUUUUUCAUUAAUCUCAAUGCAGCAUGAAUAGAAACAUUUACUUAAUAUUGUUGAAUUGAGCGAUGUUAACACGAUAAUUCUUUCGUUACAAUCAAAUUCUUGCUUUACAUAAUUCCGAGUCAAUAGAGUCGGGAUUGCUCAACUCAAAAUCCCCAAAAUUAAAGUAAACCUGUCCCCAAUAUUUUGGAUUACCGCGUUCAUCAAUAGGUUUGUUGUUUGGUGGCACAACUGUUCUGUUAACUUCACUCAGUUCUGUUAGCAUCUGUUGCAAUAUAUCUGGAUUU